AUGUUCACCACCGAUAGAAGUCGUGACUUUGGUAAAUGGUGUAUAAUGCUUGGCCGUGGCAUCUUGGCUCUUAUUGAUACAAACUAUCGUUCUUCAAAAUUAUCUGCACCAAAAAAAAAAUACACACCGAAAAUGCCAAAUUUAAAAAAAUCUGGCUUAACUUUACUCGAUUUAUCAAAUCGUCUUGUUAAUAAAUUCACCGGACCUCCCACAAUUUCAGAGUUUUGUGAGAAAAGUUCAAAGAACAUGACUGAAAAUUGUUAUCGUCCACGAGUUCCGUCUGCACUCAAUCCAAACCGACAAUCUGAACGACAAAGCGUAACCGGAUUUCCAAGUAAAAGACAUUAUCAUUCAGCCUCUACAAAACCAAAACGUAGUAUGUCCAUUAAGUUGAUAAACUCUACGGCUGCCAAUCGAGUCAUUAUUAAACAAAAAUCAAAGUUUUCUUCAUUCACGAUAAAUCGAAAUGAAAAUCGAACUGAUGAAACAAUGGAUAAUUCUGAAUGUAUUGCCAUCAAAAAUUUCACCAUUGAUGAAAUAAAUGAUAAAAUAAAUGAUAAAAACGUAAAGCUUUAUGAAGAACGACCAACAAUUCAUCAACCAAAACGUCGUCUUAAUAAUAACAAAUCCCCUUCUACAUCUUUACUAUUGGCUAGAAAAUAUUUAAAAAAAAU